AUGGAAGUCGUCCUAUGCUUCGCUGGCGUCAUACAUUUGGCGAAGAAGUUGACAAGAAAAUUCCACGAGGUUAAGAUCAAUGCUAGCGUAUUUGAGCUCGAAAUCACCAUCAGCUGUAACAACCUUGUUCAAACUGCCAAUUCGCUCAAUACCGCUAACAAGAACCUUGGGACUCUUUGCUCCGAGCAUAUCGAGUCAUCCAUAUGCAAGCACAUGAAGAAGCAACUGCCACUCCUCGAGGAAGGACGGCAAGGCAUUUGGGACAUGCUAAAAUGGCUUAGCCGUCAGGCCCAAAGUUUUAAGGGUUCGUGGGGGUUCGUGGUUAUGUGGAAGUGGAAAAACUUGAAGCCUUUUUUCGACUGGCUGGGGGCUCAAAUGCAAUUCAUGUUGCUUAACAUACUUGUUAUCAACAGUACCGUCGAGUUAAACAUGGUGGCAGAAUACUUGACCGCUCAUGGCAUUGACAGUUCUCCCUGCUCAAGUCGUUUAAGCAUUAAAGACUACAGGAGGCAGAUCGAGAAGCUGCAGGAGGCCCAACAACUAAGGGAAGGUCAGCUCCCCCUGAUGACAAAAAUACUAUCUAUUUCGCAGAAAUACACGCGAGACUCGAUGGACAUGCUCCGGACAUUGAAGAAAACAUAUUCACCACCAGCUGCGCCCACGUCGCCUUCACACGCGACCGCCGCACGACCGCAGAAUCCCGUGCAAGAGCAGCAAGAACCUACUCUCAUUAUCGACUCAAGACAUAACGAAGACGUAUCCAGCCAUUACUUAAAACCCAGGGACCCUAUUAGGCCAACAAGGAGCGUGCUAUCCCAGAUCAACAUCCGCAUUCCCAUCAACAUCAUCUCUGUCUACAAAGCACUAGAACUAGAUCUUCCUAUCGAGGAUUUGGAAUCGGGAGACCCUCAGAAGGUGCGGUACAUUUCCUCUAAGCAUCGCGCAACCAAUUGGAAGAUUGUGGGCAAAACGCUAGAUGUCAAGAUCUACUCGGAUUCCAACGCUCACUCCAAACCAAAGACGCUCUCGCUCUUCGUCGUUGGCGCCCUCCUGGAUCCGCCCAUCAUACUCGGUCAGCCGUUCUUGAAACAGAGCAAGCGGUACUCCAGAAACGAAUAA